GGAGCCGUUUCCUUCGGCUCUUAAAGGGGGCACGGCGCUCGGUGGGGUCCCACUCGCGGAGUGGCGGAGCGGAGCGCGGCGGCGGAGACCCCAUGGAGCCCCCCCAGCCCCGCUGUCCCGAUGGCGACCGCCGCCGGAAGCGCCGUGAGUUGGACGCCCGCCGCAGCAAAUGCCGCAUCCGUUUGGGGGGGCACCUGGAGCAGUGGUGCCGCCUGAAGGAGCAGCUCGGCUUCGCCCUGCACUCCCAACUGGCCAAAUUCCUCCUCGACAGGUACAGCUCGCAAGGCUGCGUGGUGAGCACAGCACCCCAUUCCACAGAGCUUCUCCACGCCAACGCCGAUGCCCUGCAGCGCCUGGUCGCGUUGUCCCACGGCCACAGCCGGGAGUGCGGCUUCGUCCCCGAUGUGAAGCCCCCAGCCCCGGGCAGCCCGGCCCCGCUGGUGUGGGAGUGCGUGGCUGGACACAGCUUCUCCUGGGGCGUCCCCAGCGCAGGCGAUGCCCCACAGAGGUGUGAUGGAGCCGGGGGGGGCUCAGGGAGGGGGUCCCCAGCGGUCCCCAUCCGUCGGAGGUCGCUGCGGAGGUCGGGGGUUGUGGUUGAGCCGAUGGUGGAAGAGCCCAACAUCGUUAAGGAUGAUGGAGUUUGGUCACCUGGUGGUGGUGGAGAUGCUGGUGGCGAUGGAGCUCCCCAGGGGCAGACAGAGGCAGAAAUGGCAGCACCGGAUCACGAGAGCGCACUCGGGUUGGAGGAGAAAGCAGACCAACACGCUGUGCCCCAGGAAGAGGAGGAGGAGGAGGAAGAUGAGGACUUUGCCGAGGAAGAUGACCUUGCCUACAACGAUGAUUUGCGUGAUGAGAAUUACCAGCCAUCUCAGGACAGCGACUCCGAGCCGCAGCGACGACAAAGCCAGCCCCACGCCCGUAAGAAACCCGUGAAGGAGGAGCAGACCCCAAAUGAGCAGAACCUGAUCGACUCCAGCUCAGCAGAAGAGAAGGGUGGGCAAGUCAGCUGCAAGCAGCCGACGCGGCCGUGCGAUGAGGACGUGGCCCAGAUCGGCCCCAAAAGAAUCAGGAAAGCAGCGAAACGCGAAAUCCUCCUCUGCGACUUCGAGGGCUGCGGGAAGAUCUUCUCCAACAGGCAGUAUCUGAAUCACCACAAGAAAUACCAACACGUCCACCAGAAGACCUUCACCUGCUCGGAGCCCAGCUGUGGCAAAUCCUUCAACUUCAAGAAACACCUCAAGGAACACGAGAAGCUGCACAGUGACAAACGAGACUACAUCUGUGAGUUCUGCGCCCGUUCCUUCCGUACCAGCAGCAACCUGAUCAUCCACAGACGCAUCCACACGGGAGAGAAACCCCUCCAGUGCGAGAUCUGCGGCUUCACCUGCCGCCAGAAAGCCUCCCUCAACUGGCACAUGAAGAAGCACGACGCCGACGCCUUCUAUCAAUUCUCCUGCGAUCUCUGUGGCAAAAAGUUUGAGAAGAAGGACAACGUCACCGCCCAUAAGAGCAAGAGCCACCCCGACGCGCCCGGCGCAGCCCCCCAGGCUGUGCCAUCCCCUCCCCCAACCCCGGGUAUGGGGACGCGAGCUGAGAUUCCAAGGGAGGAUGCUCCGAGUGGAGAGGAGAAGGGCGAUGGGCACACACCUCCUGCUGCAGUUCUGGCUGAGUAA